AAACUACUAAAUCGAGAGGACCAAAAUUGGAUGAUUUUAGAAAACGACUUCUUGGUUUUAUAGUUGGAAUUAUGAUCAUAGCCUUCACCUUUACCUGUUUCUGUCUACUCCAUUACAAUUGUAUGGUUGAGGAGGUACAACCACCAGGAGGGCUCAACAAAGAAAAUAUGGCAGCUAUAUCAUCCUGGGUAUCCAAAGUAUCAGCGUAUCAACCUGAUAUGAUAGUUGAGGACAUUCUAGAAACUCAACCUCUGCUAUUAAAUUUAGACCAAACAUCGGCGCCCUUAUGUCCAGAUAAACAACCCAUACCAAACAAUACAGCAAAAUCAAUUCAGGCUUCAAGUCUAGAAAAGCCAUGCAUACCAUCACCUAAUGCACAAAAAUCAACAAAAUGCAUAAAUAUAGAAAAGUCAUCUACAUCAUGCAAUGCAAAAUAUUCAAAUAGGCCAUUAAAGUCAAAUAGGCCAACUAUGUCAUCAAACCCCAAAAGAUUAUGUAAGUCAUCUCACUUGGAAAAGACAUAUAACAAAUGUGGCCUUAAAAAGUCAAAUAAGCUCAACCAUGCCUAUAAAUUUGCUAACUUCAAUUCAUCCUGUUCAGAAAAGCAAGCCCCGCCUUGGCUAUCUGUUCUGCAAACUUCAGCUAAGCAAACCACACAACCUUCUUCUUUAAUCUCACAUAAUCAAAUCACACCCACCAAACCACGCAGAAUAAAGAGACCCAACCUGUCACGUGGACAUUAUGAGGUUAAAAGGUCAGUGAAUAGAAGAAAGCCUUUGUUACCCAUGCCUACAACAGCCAAAGUUUGCCAACAUUAUAAGGAUAAAUGCCUUGUUUGCAAUAAUUCUGGAUUUCUUCUCAGUGAUCUUUCAGGGGAAGAGAAGAAUAAUGAAGAAAAUCUUUAUGGUUCAAUGAAAGUGAAGCCACAUCGUAACCCUUUCUAUGAUACAGGAUACAAGUACAAGGCUUAUGAGAAAAAUGUGAGCAACGAUACUAUGAAAGAGUGUGAUAGUGAAGACAGUAAUUCAGAGAUAGUCCUUAUUUGUGACAUAAGUCAUGAUAAUAUCACAAAUAAAUAACCCUUCCAAUAUUAAGGAUUUAAACAAAUUGAUCUACACACAGAAUAUCCACAUGUAAUCAGUGUUGAAUAUAGAGCUAUCUCUCUCAAAGGUAA